CAACACUGUCUCCUGUGGCGUGGAAGACUAGCAUCAUCUUAAAGCAAGAGGGAAUCGACAACGAACAGUACUGGGUCCUACCCAGGAGGAGGAUUGUGAAGAUGGAAGGGGUCCAACCCCUGGAUGAGAAUGUGGGAAACGCACCAGGGCGAAGAUUCCAGAGCAACAAGCUAUUGCUGGUGGCGGCUGUAAUUCAGGGGCUGGGGCUGCUCCUGUGUUUCACCUACAUCUGCCUGCACUUCUAUGCUUCCCAGGUGCCACCUCAGUAUCCUCCAAUUCAAAGUAUCAAAGUACAAUUUACCAAGUGUGGGAAUGGGACAGGUUGCAUCAUCACAUCCCCAAACAAGGAUGAAACCAUGAAGGUGCAAGACAACUCAAUCAUCAUCAACUGUGAUGGGUUCUAUCUCAUCUCUCUGAAGGGCUACUUCUCUGAGGAGCUCAGCCUCAGCCUUUAUUACCGGAAGGGUCGGAAACCUCUCUUCUCCCUGAGCAAGGUCAAAUCUGUCGACUCCAUUGGAGUGGCCCAUCUAGCUUUUAAGGACAAAGUCUACUUUAACGUGACCACUCACAAUACCUCCUACAAAGACAUCCAGGUGAAUGGUGGGGAAUUGAUUGUCAUUCUUCAAACUCCUGGUGGAUUCUGUGCCUACUGAGGACCUGAGGGCUGCACCUAAGCCUGGCACCAGCAAGAACACUGAACUGGGGUUGGACAGGACUCUGAUUCUUCUGUGGGAGUGGAGAAGUCGUCCUAGUUUAGCCCCCAUAUAUGGCCACACGGGAUGUGACCAGAAGCAGAUCCCCUAACUCAGGGAUAUUUAAAACUUAUUUUACAUAUGAAUUAACUUUAUUUAUCUUCACAUCUUCUAAAUCACCUAUCCCUCAUCCCUGAUGGUUGCGUCAAGCUUACUAGUUACCUCUACAAAAAUGAGAAAAUAGGUGCCCCUUCCUUAAGGCACAUUAUUUCUAUUGAUCAGGAAAUUGUCAUAAUAAACUUUCUUUAUUGAAAAAGACACUUGACUACCCUUUGCUGGAAAUUUGACAUCUGGCUUUAUCAAAAUGAAGAGGACAAAGGAAGGGGACAUGAAUCUGUCAAAGGUGGUAUCUCUCCAAGAUGAAAUUAGUUGCUAUUUGCAUAGUACCUAAAUACUUCUCUCAUUUGGUGGAGUUCAAAAGGAAAAUCAUCUUGAGAACAGCUGCCAGGACUUGAAGACAGCCAGCUAAAGAAUACUCUGUGCUCUGGGCUUUUUUUUUUCUUUGCCACUUUGCUUUUCCAGCCUCCAAUGUAAUUAAUAGAGAUUUCCCUUCAAAGAUGCUAUGAAAAAUGUAAUCAGAAACUUCAGGAAAACUGUAAGAGAUUUUUCCAAACUCGGGAGAGCAAGAUAAUUUAUUGUGAAGGUUAUCUUUAUCGCAUGGGAGAGCAGUGAAACUGGACAUCUCAGGGUAAAAGUAAGAAUUUAAAUAGUCUGGGAAGGAAAAGACAUAAGCAGGAGGCAAAGCAACCCAUGUGCAUUCUCCUGCUUAUGCUGAAUAUACAAUCAGCUCCAUUUCUUGUACAUGUAUACCACAUUGCUAGUUUAAAAAAUGAAGCAAUUCUUUUCUUAAACACAAAUUUAUGUUGAGACACUGAGAAGCUAUUACAUGAAAAAUACUGACAUCUGUCUACAAUCACCGUCAUAUCAUAUAUGAUCUCACAUUGAUAAUUGAGACUAGAAUGACCAAUAAUCAGCCAAUACCAAAAGGGGAAAAGAUCCACUUAUUUUUAAUUUAAACAUCCCUAUGGAUGCAUCAGGCUUAUGGCACUGUGGACAAACUUCCAAUGAUUUGUAAGAACUCAAAUUUUUGAUAAAAUUUUUAAAUGGCAGCAAAUGUUCUUCUCCCAUUUUAAAUAGAGUGUAUAACAUAACAUAGAAUCUUUCUGGAUGGUUCUGUGUCAUCACAGUGAUUGUACAGUGAUAUCUUCAGGAUCUCCAGAAAGGUGGAAGGCAGUGUGCCCCUACACUAAAUGGCCUCAAUUACAUUUUGACUUUUUCCUAUCUAUUUAACACAGUUUUCCAUGUGUUUUAUCUAUGUCCACCUAUGUUCCUGCACCCUCUAUUUUAAUCUUUUAUGGAGAGAAGCUAAACAAAGAUGCAUCAUAAAAAGAAGCUAAAUAAGAGAAAUUGUGCAUAAGAGUAACCAAGCUCUGAGUGGCUGCCAAGGCAGUCACAUACUCAUGAUCAUGAUCAUGACCAUGAGCAUAAUCAUAGGUAAACAUUAGUGGAGGGUCUUCUGUGGACCAGGCAUUGGUCUAAAUGCUUUACAUGAAUUGUUCUGAGCAAGAUACUCUAUGACAUUUGUCUUAACUACUCAGAGAAUUUAAAUCUCUGUGUGUCGGUGUGUGUAGGGUGUGUGUGUGUGUGUGUGUGUGUGUGUG